AUGUCCGUCGGCCUGCUGUUGACCGCGAAUGGUGUGCCAUGUGGGGCGCAUGCGAAGCGCCAGCCCCUUGGUAUGGACGUGCGACCUCAGCAGAUCUUGGCCAGUUCUUUCCACGAUCACACCGUUCAGGACCUACAUCUGACGUCGACCUUCAAGAAGACGAAACGACAUGAGAAGAUUUUGGAAGCAGAUGGCGUUCAGACUUCUUCCCUCCAUCGAUUGCGCUCGGAACCGGUCUUGAGAUCCACCAUAGUGGAACCGUCUCGACCCAGUCAGAUUCUGAAGAUGUCCACUUCACCGCGGCGCUACAAGCCCGUUUGGCAGUUCCCCGACGCCGGUGCCGCGCUGAUCGCGAUGGAUCCCGAUGCCUCCAUGGCCUCCAUGUGGCCCAGCGAAAGGGUGGAACAAGGUCCCGCAGGUCCCGCGGCCUCAAUGCGCUCCACCAUGACGCAACUGGAGAAGUCAAUCCAGAGCGACUAUGUGCAGCAUUUGGCGUGGAAUAGCAAGUUGCCGUGUGAGCACGGCUGGUCUGGCACUGUGGUGGCGACCUACAUCCAGGGCAAGGACAUCACGACGAAGGAGCACUACAAGCUGCGGAACCCGGCGACGCACUUCCUGGUGGCUGCUGGUGGUGGCUUCAUCCUGAACAUCACCUACCACCUCCUCUUGGUCUUCGUCUACGGCAUCUUCCUGAACGACCUCUACGCCUUCGACCUCAAGCUGCACUUCGUGGACCUCGAGCUGAACUACGUGGACACCCUGCUGAACUCCGUGGGCUACAAGCCGUUGGACUUCGAGAUGCACCAGCCUCCUUCUUCAAGCGGAAGCAUACCGCUUCAGGAAUAUCGAAGAGAUAUUCCACCUGGUUGGUCACCAGGGAAUCCAACCUACCCGCUGAAGGAGUACUUCGAGAAGCUCAGGCUUUGGUAUCGAGUAUGUGGCUUGGAGGACGAGCUCAUAGGGCCAAUGAUAGCUGGCCGCUUGUAUGGCCGUGCCUCCAAGGUGGCGAUGGCUCUGAGGGUGAGAAGGCCUGACGGCACCUACGACGUGGGCGAUGCGGCGCUGGUCAGAUUGGCUGUGGACGAGGUGGUCGAUCCAAACACUGGCCAGGUGAUCCAGGCCCACAUUCCCAGCGGAGUUCAACACUUGGUUCAAGCUCUUCGCAAUGCCUUUGGCCAACAAGACCAUGACAUGGCCACUCAGGCGCUGGAGAGGUUUUUCUCUCUCACGAGAGGAAAGAUGAGCCUUGCCGAGUAUGCGGUGGAGUUUGAUUCGAGGAUGGAUGAGGCUCACGACAGAGCCGGCCUUGUCAUGAACGAUGUGGCGAAGUUCUACCUGUUCUUCAAGGGUUCAGGUUUGAGCAACAAGGCCAUCGACGACAUCAAGCUCCAGGUCCAAGGAGAUCACAGUCGCUUUGCAGAUGCUCGAGCUUUAGCUUUGAGGUUGUCUCCAUCUCGACCCGAAGAACAUGGUGGCGACGUCUUCUACGCGGACCAGGACGACUAUGACGAGACGGUCAACUAUGACGCCUGGUAUGACUCCUCCGAGAACUAUUGGUACGACGACUACUCCCAGGACUACGGCUACGACGAUGAAGGCAGUUGGCACUGGGAUGGAGAAGAGCUCUACUAUGGCGACAUGGAUGACUGGUAUGAUGAAGAUCAAGAAUGGCAAGAAGAAGGCUAUCAAACCGCCCAUGAAGACUCCCUGGAGACAAACCCUGAGAAUGCCGACGAGGUCAAGGAAGAGUACUAUAAGGGGAAGAGCAAAGGCAAGGGCAACAACGAUGGUUGCUUUCGAUGUGGAAGCAAAUGGCACAUGGCCAGAGACUGUCCGAUGAACGACAAGGGCUAUGGCAAGUCUGGUGGAAAAGGAUCAAUGAAAGGCAAGUCAAAAGGAAAGAGCAAAGGCAAAGGCAAGAAAGGUGGAUACAAGGGUUCCAAAGGCUAUGGCAAGACCAACUGGUAUGUCCAUCGACCCCCUUUGGACGCCUACGAUGGAAUCCCUUCCAAUGUGCCGAGGCAAGACAACUCCGAGGAGUUCAACAUCCACACACCGCCUGAUGAAGAGGACUUCAUGAGCAUCCCGAGAUCUUCAACCAGGACAAGAUCUACUUCGGAUGGUCAUGGACAAGAACAUGGAGCUGUCAUGCCGGAGAAGCGCAUCCACGAGGCCUUCAGCUUUGCCUUCAACAACUACUACCAGGCCACGGACUACUUCAUGGUCAGAGGACAGAAACGUCGAGGCCUGAUCAUUGAUCCAGGAGCUGCCAGUGGACUCAUCGGAUCAGAGACCCUUCGAGAUCUGGUGGCAACAUGUGUCAAGCCCUUCGGCAAGGAGAUCUCCAUUGAGAAGGACGUGACUUCACCGGUGUCAGGCAUUGAUGGAAAGUCUGACCAGACUCUUGGACGAGUCACUGUGCCUUUGCUGUCGUCUGGAAAGGCCAUCAAGUUCUGCGGUGAAGUGAUUGGAGGACAAGGUUCUCUUUGCCCAGCUCUAGUUGGAAAUCCUUCCCUGAGGAAGAUGAACUGUGUCAUUUUCAGCAACUACUUUUCCAACGGUGAUGGACUCCUCGCCAUGAACCACAAGGAGGAGCCACAGUCAUUGAGAUUGUUGAGAUUGCUGUUGACUGACAGCGGACACUACAUCCUUGCCACCGACGGCAUUGACGAGACCAAGAUCACCAAGGACGUGCAAAAGGAGACCUACACGUUCUGCAGCAAAGUGCUCUCAAGCAGCAUCGAGAAAUGGCCAAAGUCCGAGAUCAAUCCCCGGUUGCUUCAUGUCUUCGCUGUGACGCAGGCAGGAGGGAACCGGUGUGAAUGUGAAGAAGAACAACAACAAUAUGAAUCACGUGAACAUCGUGAACAACAAGAAUCCUCCUCUACUGACGACAAGGACAAUGGCGACAAAGCUGCCAACAUCAUGGACAAGCCCGACAAGACCGACACUGAUGCGACAGUCACCCAUGAAUCUGAUGGCAAGCUCAACUUGGACAAGAACAACCACGAUGCUGUCGAAGCUGUUUCACAACCAGGCAUUUUGCCUUCCAUGGAAUCCACAAAGGAGCCCAACAAGCACAACGUUUUUUCCAGUGAGCCCAAGCUCUGCGGGCCUACAUCUUUUUCUGCGACAACUGAGGAGUUGCCGAAGAUUGUCAAGAAGGUGCACUUCGACGAUGCGCAUCAGCCUGCCUCUUUGGAAGCAGCAUCCAACAACGUUGAAGAGCCCUCCAACAAGGAUGAGAAAGACUCCCUGGACAUCCACUACAAGGAGUCUGACUUUCCCAUCUACACCGAGGACAUGCUUCCUGAUGGAGCAGACCAUGUCAAGCUGAAGAAGCGCUACAAGGCGAUCAAAGAAGAGUUCUAUACUCAAAGUGGUCACCGACCAGUGACACCCUCCAACUUUCGCAGUUGGAUGAACAAGUCCAAGGGCAGAAACAAGAGAUGGCACUUCUGGGAAAUCUUCAGUGGCUCAGGCAGACUCUCCCUGACACUUUUGCUUUCAGGCUUAGCAGUUGGACCUCCAAUCGACAUGAGGUAUGGCUGGGACGUCAACAACACUUCGCAUCAAGCCACGCUUCUGGAAGCCCAACGAGAGUUCAAGCCUGGCACUAUCCACUAUGCACCAGACUGUGCACCCUGGAGUGUGUCAUCAAGUUCCAAGGAUCCAGCACUACGACAUCAAGAUCGUCUUCAUGAUCUUCCAGCCUUGAAGUUUGUCCAGAACAGCUGUGAAGAACAAUCCCGAGAAGGACGUGGCUACACUGUGGAGCAGCCCUAUGGCAGUGCCAUGAUGGAUGAAGGCUUGCGCCUCGACCGCAUCCCUGACUGCAAGAAGAAACAACGAGUUGAUCAAUGCAUGCAUGGUGCAGUCAGCGAACUUGGUGAUCCUGUCCAGAAGGCAACAGCCCUGAUUGGCAACAUCAAGUACAACAAGACAGCUUUGAGGUGCAGUGGUCAUCAAGGUCAUAUACAUGCUCAUCUACAAGGGCAGACUGGUGGUCACAAUCGCACCACUCUUGCUGCAGUGUACCCAAAACAGAUGUGCCAACGAAUGCGGCAGGACAUCAUCAAGUACCUCCACAACCGCGACCUCAUGCGGGUGAAGACCGAGAACUUCUAUGAGUGCGUUCGCUGUACCUUGGGACGCUUUUGCCCAAAAGGAAUUGACCACACUAUGAUCCCUGGACAAUGUCGACAUGGACGCUAUGCAGCUGGGACCAAUCCAAAGUUGAAGUCAACGUCAUCUGCGGCUGACCCCAUCACUGACUGGAAGAAGGCGGCAGACCGCGAAGCUUUGGAUGUUGUCCAACUCGACAACGAGCUUGACAAGGAGUUCAACGUCAAGGAGUCCCACUACCUGAAGAAGCUGCUCAUUGAAUCAGUGAACAAAGCUCUUGGCCUGUUCACAGAAGCCUCCAACCGCAAGAUCGACUACACCCACUGGAUCGACAAUCCUGUGGCGAUUGCCUUGUUCAAGGAGCUGUUCAAAGAAGUCAUGCAGGUGAAAGCCAUGAAGGUUUUGCUGCGACCUUUCAGAAAAUCCUCAGCUGAACCACACCUUUCUAUGGCUUCUGGCUACCUGCGACUGUUCAUCAUUGGCGAUGUGAAGCACUGGAAAGUUCUGAAGAUUGAAGACAUGAGAGAGCUCAGCUUCAGCCAGAUCAACGAGGCGAUAGAUGAGGAUGACUGGGUUCUGGUCUUGUAUGGUGUCAAACUUGAUUCAGUACCAGCACCAUCGACACCCGCUGCACGAUCCAGAUCUAUCCCAGCUCAGCCUGCACUACCACCUCGACGAGAUGAUGCAGCACUUGUUCCAGCGGAACCACAACCUCAAAUCCAAGAACGACCUGAUGAUGAACGAGAAGAAGAAGCUCUGGCAAUUCCAGCAUAUGAAGAGUUUGAGGCACAUGGACGAGCUGCACUAGCUCCAGUCAAGCCCAACUACAACUUGCGGCGAGUUCUUGAACGACUUCCCAAGUUGGUUGAUUCUGGUGACGUGACCACAGCCAAAAGAGACUGUUGGUCGGCCUUCAUGAACGACUUUGGCACACACCGGCAGGAGACUUUUGCAACCUCCUUCGCCGAGCUGGACUUCCUCAACCAGUGA